CUCCAUUAAUAACUAUAUUACAGAAAUAACUGAAUAAAUUUUCCGGCUUGAGGCAGAUUAUGAUAAUAAAAAGGAGAUGAAUAUAAGUGAGGCAACCCCUUUGACUUUCGCUUAUUAAAUCAAGUUAAGAUAAAUAUAUGUAUCUCGUGGGAGUUAUCUUUCUAGAGAAACAGAGAGGGAACAAUGAACGAAGUAAAUAUAAAAUCUAAAGAAUACGAUGUAUUGUCAUCCUGAAGAUGGCGCAAUUGGGCUAAAGGUAUAUUACUUCCUUUAAAACCAAAGUUUAAGGAACGGAAAAUUACUUUUCCAACAAAGAGGACUUGUAAAGCGUUUAGAAAAAAAAGCGUUAACGUUUCGAGUGCUUUAUUCGCCCUCCCUCUCCCGUAAUCGUAAUAAACUAAAAGAAAAAGUUAUUGAUCAAGAGCUUUUCCCGACGUCUGGUGUAUGGACCUGAAUGAUUAUUGUCGAAUUGAGAGCGGCAAAAGUAGGAAAGAAUGUCGCAUUGAUUAGAGCGCGCCCCAUCUAUACGGCAGAUCGUCUCUGAAAGUCGUUCCCGAGCAGUCGAAGUGUGUAGGAUAACAAGGGAACAGAGAAAGUGAAGAAGAGUGAGGGAGAGCGGGAGACAGGGAAUUGGAGAGGGUAAAUGAGAUAUAAAAGAAGUUGAAGAAAGGCUGUUACAAGAAGAGGAAGAGGAUCGGACGACAAUGUCGAGUAAUAACUCAACUUCGCCAUUUUUAAUGGAUGCCAUCAAGUCAACUGGUCGUUUUGCUACAGAAUCCUGUUUGGCUGCAGUUGCGAUAACUUGUAAUCUAUUUGCUCUAAUUGCCGCCAAGAACGCCAGGGGAAGGCAUGGAGCAUAUCAUAUGCUCUUUAUGAAUUUAGCAAUUGCCAAUAGCCUGUCUUGUGUUCUGCUCCUCACUUGUAAUCAUAAUGUGAGUAAUUAUCAACUGGAAAAGGUGCUGGGUGAUCAGUGCCGUAUUAUUGUCUUCGUCUCUUCGCUUGCAAUCUUCUCAUCGUCCUUCACCUUAGUUGCGGCCGCUACUUUACUGGGUUUCUCAGUCAUCCAGUACCUAGCUGUCGCUCAACCUCUCCAUCACCAGAAUCUUGUGCGAAGGAGUAGAGUAUGCACUUUCAUUGCUUGUAGCUGGCUAAUUACACUAAUCGGCUCAUUAGCUCCAGUUUUCGUUUUGGUUGACCUUGUUUAUAACUCCCAAUGUCAAUAUUUGGAGGUUGUAAGAACCUCAUCUAAAGUCAUUCGAAUAUCUGCCAACGCAAACGCUGGUGUACUAGCCGCUAUCUACGCUUCUAUCAUAGUUUUAUGCUGUACAGUCUAUUCAGUUAUUAAACGACUACAAAAGCGUUUGUCCCACUUUCGAAGGGACCAGCAGGCGGAGGAUGUCAGCGGAGAAAGAAAAGCCUUUCACACGAUUAUCUUACUAGUUGGCUCUCUCACAGUAUGCUUUUUACCAUUUACCAUCGUUUAUCUUUUAACAUUGAACGUCGACAAUUCAGGCUCUUUAACGGAGAAUACAGCCAUUGUAUAUUUUAUGAAUUUUUUACCCUAUGUCAAGUUUACCCUCGACCCUUUCAUAUAUGGAAUGAGAAUGAAAGAGGUCAAAGAAAGCUGCGAAAGAAUGUUACUUCUUUGUGGACUGCAUAAGUUUUGUCCUUGCUGUAUUAGGCCUACAACCGUAGCAAUACCACUGCAAACUACGGUCCUAUGUACAACGGCCCUCUAA